AUGUCGGGUUUUGGAUCUCCAGGCGGCGGUGCCGUCAACAUCAAGCCAACGCCUCCGGAAAGAGGCUCGUUUCCGCUAGACCACGAUGCAGAAUGCAAGCACCUCAUUUCCUCCUACCUGCGAUGUCUGAGAAGACAGAAUCCUCCCGGUAGAAACAACGAAGAGUGCAGAAUACUAGCAAGAGACUAUUUGAAUUGUCGUAUGGACAAGGGUUUGAUGGCUAAAGACGAGUGGUCCAACCUGGGCCUGGAUCUUGACAAGUCGGCGCAAGGGCAGGGAGAUGGAAAGAUGGGCGGUGAUUCCGACGGGAUACAGAAGAGCUGA